CUGUGGUUUAUAUUGUCAAAGUCAAAAAGAAAAAUGGUAUAAAAAUGGUUAAAUAGAAAAUAUAAAUGUUUAUAGUGUGAUUUAUAGAAAAACACGAAAAAGUCCAUCAACAAGUUAUAUGAUUAGAUCACUAAAUACUUUAACACAUCGUAAUAAGUAUAUGUAACUUUUGUUUAACUUCCUAAAUUAUCGAAAUGGAUAGUCGAGCAAAUAUGAGAGAAUGGGAAGUUGUUGCAAAAUCGUCAGCUACUUCUAAAAUUGUAAAUAUGUUUAAUAGACCGGGCCAGUUAGAAAAAAUUGACCAAAUUAAACAACAGUUUACACGUAAAAAGGCUUCCGUUGAAGCUCUUUUAAAAUCUGCCAUGCAACAGCAAUUGGAUGGCGUUAGAGUUGGUAUAAGUCAACUACAUAACUGUCUAGAACAAUCUACGGAAAUUAAUAACAGUGUGAAAAAGACAUUUAAUCUAUUCAGUGAUGUACCGAAAUUAUGUAAUGCUUUAAGUGAAGUCAGAGAUGAGAAUAUGAAGCAUUCACAAUAUGUAACAGCAAAGGAGAACUUGAAACAUAUUUUUACAGUACCUGAAAGUGUAGAAAAAACUAAACAGUGGAUCAAUGAAGGGAAACUUUUGCACGCACAUCAGUGUUUAAGAGACUUGGAGAAUUCUAGGGAUGACUUAUUAUAUGAGCUUCAUAAAUUACCAAAUCAAUCUGCACAUGAUAAGUCACUUUUAAAAGCUUAUUUUGCUGAUGUUGAAGAAUUGUCAAAUUUAUUAGAAAAACAGCUGGUUUUUGUAUUAGCAAGAACGUUAAAUACUGUAAGAAAAGAUCCUGCAGUCAUUGUUACUGCUCUCAGAAUUAUUAAAAGAGAGGAAAAAUCAGAUGAAAUAGCAAUGAAACAAGAAAAACAAACUGGAUUUUUAGCUCCAGGGAGACCUAAAAGGUGGAAGAAGAUGGCAUUUCAAAUUUUGGGGAAAACUGUUGAGUCUAGAAUUGAAGGCACUCAGGUGGAAGAUAGAGAUGAUAAUAAGUUAUGGCUAAUAAGAUAUUUGGAACUGAUAAGACAACUAUUUCUUGAAGAUUUAAGGGUUGUUAAAUCUCUUUGUGUCCCUUGUUUCCCUCCAGAUUAUCAUAUCAUUGAUACAUACCUCCAAAUGUAUCACAAGUCAUUGUCAAGUCAUUUACAGGAAAUUAUUCAAAAUGGGCUUGAAGGAAAUGAAUAUGUUACAAUAUUAUCUUGGGUGUUGAAAACAUAUCAUUCAAAAGAAAUGCUUGGACAUCCUGAUUUAAUAGAAUUUACCAAAAAAAUGGAUCCCCUGUUACCACAACCAGUAAUUGGAAAUUUAGAAUCAAGCUACUUAAAAUACAUUGGGAAGAACUAUUCAGAAUGGAUGGAGAAUACAUUAAAAUCUGAAAAAGAAGAAUGGAAAUCAAGUACAACUCCUCAGUCUGAGAUUCAGUCAAGGGCAACUGUCCCACUUAUAAUAUUUCAAAUGAUCAAUCAGAACUUGGAAGUUGCCAAAACUAUUGGCGAUGAAAUGACCCUAAAGGUUCUAAUUUUAAGUGUUGAACAAGUUAUUAAAUUUAGGGAUUCAUUUAGAGAUGCUGUGAUAGAAUUUAAAAAUAAAUAUUUUGAGGAUCGAAAGCAGGUUCCCUAUUUCACUCAAUAUAUGAUUAUUAUACUUAAUCAGUGUAUGCAAUUUGUUGAUAUGGGAUCACAACUAGAAAAGCAAUAUUCAGUCACUUUAACUGGUCAUAAUAUUAAUGAAAAUUUUAAUAGACUACGUGGUACUUUCAUUCAAUUAAGAAACGAAUGUGGUACUUUCUUAUUGGAAGAAUUAUUUAUAGACUUAGAUCAACAUUUUGAAAAACUUUUUAACAGCCAGUGGCUUACAACAUUAGAUACUGUUGAUACAAUUUAUGCCACUUUAGAUGACUAUUUUCAGGAUUACAACCAUCUUGUUGAUACUAAUUAUAAUUUUAUAGUUGAUCAAGCAAAGCAUACAGUAGCUAAACGAUAUUUGGUAGCUAUGUUGUCAAAGAAAGUUUCCUUUAAACUAGCGGAGGAUUGUGUUGCAGCAGCUAAGAAAAUUGUACGAGAAAUUGAAAGGUUAAAUAAUUUAUUUAGUAAUUUAAGUAGAUGUUCCAAUGAAAAUGAUGAAGAUCCUUUUGAAGUUAUUAUAAUGCUAUCUGAAGUUGUUAAAAGUGAUGAAGACAUGUUAUCAUUUGAUCUUCACAGAGUAGUCGAGAAAUAUCCUGAUAUAACUGAAGACCACUUAUAUAGGUUGUUAAGUUUACGUGGAGACUUGUCUAGAUCAGACAUUAAGGAUAAAGUAGCUCACGUUGAUAGACCUAAAGUUUUUCAUAGAAGCAGUAUAUUUAAAUCUCUGGUCUUUCCUAAGUUAGUUAAUAUCAACUUAAACUUUUAAAUUUAUAAAAGUACUAAUAAGAAAUGUAUUAAUUAGUGUAAAUUGUUUAUUUAAAAAAUAUAUAUUUUUUGUUACAAAUUAAUCCCAUUAAUUAAAUAAAUUGCCUCGUUGGCACAACCACA